AUGAAUAAAGCAUGUGUCCCUGACAAAGAGGCGCAAAAUGACUUCCUUCCCAAAUUCUUUUACAAGAGUUCACUGAGGUGGGCUCUUGACCAGUUAAUGAGGAUGCCUUUAUUUUACCUUCUUCUGAGCUCGAUAGUUAUCGAUAUAGUUUGGUUCUCCAUUGGUAACAAAUUGCAUUCUUUCUGGAUACAUGUUCCGGUAUUUUCCUCCCUCCUCCUCCAGAUCAAAGUCACAAAAGCGAUUUCAAACUCAAUUCAGCGUUUAUGUGAAAUUGUUAUAGAGGAGGGCCCUGGAAUGCAAGAAGAACAAUGGGACAUCGCGGCCGCCCGCAUGAACUCACACUUUUAUGAGCAGGGGUUGUGGCCUAACUCAUGUUGCCUGUAUAGUGGAAGGCAGUGCCAUGCGGCUUUCCGGCAUUUAGUUAUGACACCCUACAAUAAAAAGGAGGAACAAAUUCAAGCUUCUUACUCCCUUGAUCAGCAAUUACCACUUGAAGAACAAGCAGCAAAAGUCUACAUCGAAAGCGUCAGUCGUUGGUGGAACACAUACACUGCAAAUCUCGAGAGCAGCGCGCAAUUUCAUAUCGAGAAUACUCUUCCUCAACAAGAAUACAGGAGUAAAGCAUCAUGGUGUUUUUUCAAAUUCAUUGAAGUUGUCAUGGGACAAAGCUCAUUUGGCGGUAUGUGUUUUUAUUCAAUCUUGUUGAGCCUUUUUUUUACCAGUUUUACAAGUUUCAAAAACUAUGAUUCUCUAUUAGGCGUAUGGAUCGGAAAUGCGGCUGGCUUUUCAAUUUGUGGACCCCUUCUUUUUUUUGUUCUUAGAGGCGCUGAUUUAGAUGCGCCACACUUAAUGGCAUUUUGGGCAUCUGUUGUGGCUAUUGAGCCCCACGGAGACAUAAAUAAGUGGGGCCUGGUGGCAAGUCACACUAAUCAUUAUUGGAACGCCUUGAAUGAAGAAAGCCCUCGAAAUUUUUUCUUCGAUAGUAUGGACUGCAGAAAAGCAUUCAAAAAUAGGUUUUCCACCUCCCUAUUGAGGAACAAAGGCAAUAGUCAUAUUUAUAGCGACUUAAGGAAGUACAUUGAAGAAGCGCUUGAAGCUUCAAAAGAAAUCAACGAAAAAUAA